AGCAUACAGUAAGAGCAAAUCACGUGACUAUCACUUUCCCGCCGAAGCAUCUCGAGAACCGAUCUCGAGCACGGAAGCAGUUCGCAGGCAGACCCUCUACUGAGCUCAAUCAACCCAGAACAACACACACACAGACACACACAGAAUGACGAUUGCGGAUCUGAUCCGCCUGACGAGCGCGGUGUGUCAAGUAGGGCAGCGCUCGCGGGAGUUGUACUCUGCGCACGCGAAUCGAAUUUGGCAGACGUCGUCGCUGACUGUGCGGUUUCGAAACAAGGCGCGGCCGGCGUCGGCGUCGAGCGGUUACAGUGAGCGGGCUGCUGCUGAAGGUGGAAGUAAAGCGUCGGGGACGGGGGUUGUGCCGCCGGGGACGAGGGCGUAUAGUACUAUCGCGACGAGACCUCUGCGUCGGCUGCACCCGCUUCCCCAGCGCCGGACCUACGCAACCGGAUCUGACUCCUCCUCUUCCUCUGCCGCCAAACCCACCACCACCACCACCACCUCCCCCGACUCAAAACGCACGCGCUCGUCACCAGCCGAGCUCGUGACCGACCGCCCCAAGAUCCGCGGCAUGAGCGAGUCCCCCGUGCCUUCCUCGCGGCUCGCGCGCAUUUUCCACUACGGCAGCCUAGUCGCCGAGAUUGGCGCGGGCGCGAUCAAGGAGACUGCGCGGCGGUAUAAUGACGAGUCCGCGAAGGGCACGAAGGUGCAGGGAUCGGUGCUCAUGACGCCUGCCAAUCUCGAGAUUCUGGUGCGCAAGUUGUCGCAGAUGCGGGGCGCGGCGUUGAAGUUGGGACAAAUGAUUAGUUUUCAGGACUCGUCGUUUCUGCCGCCGGAGAUUCAGCAAGUUCUCACGCGGGUGCAGGACAGCGCGGACUACAUGCCGCGCCGCCAGAUGGAGCGCGUGAUGGCGCAAGACCUAGGCGCGAACUGGAAAUCUCUUUUUUCCUCCUUUGACGACGUUCCGAUCGCCGCGGCCUCGAUCGGCCAAGUACACGCGGCCACGCUGGCGAGCACGGGCGAGCGCGUGGCGGUGAAAGUGCAGUAUCCCGGCGUCGCGCGGUCGAUUUCGUCUGAUUUGAAAAACAUCGCGAUGUUGCUUACCGCGUCGAGUAUCUUGCCUAAAGGACUUUAUCUCGACAAGUCGAUCGAGAACGCGCGGACGGAGCUGGGGUGGGAAUGUGAUUAUGUGCGGGAAGCGGAGAAUUUGAAGAAGUUUGGGAAGAUUUUGAAGGAUGAUCCGGUGUUUGUUGUACCGCGCGUGAUUGACGAAGCCAGCGGGCCGCAUGUGUUGACGAUGGAGUUCAUGGACGGCGUGGGGGUUGCGAAGAUUGAGGAUCUGCCGCAGGACAAGAAGGACUGGAUCGCGACGCAAAUCAUGCGCCUGACGCUCCGCGAGAUUGCAGAGUUCAACUACAUGCAGACCGAUCCGAACUGGACUAACUUUUUGUACAACGAAAAGACCGGCAAGAUCGAGUUGCUGGACUUUGGCGCGUCGCGCGAGUACAGCCCCGAGUUCAUCGACAAGUACGUCGGCGUGCUGAAAGCCGCCGUGCGCGGAGACGUCAAGGGAUGCGAGGAGUACAGUCUCAAGCUCGGCUACCUGACCGGUCUCGAGUCGCCGAUGAUGCUGCACGCGCACAUCGACAGCAUCCUCACGCUCGCGGAGCCGUUCGACCAGACCAACGUGACGGCGCCCGCGGACGCGGUCUACGACUUUGCGAACCAGACGGUGACGGACCGGGUGCGGUCGCAGAUCCCGCUGAUGAUCAGAGAGCGCCUGACGCCGCCGCCGGAGGAGACGUAUAGUCUGCAUCGCAAGCUGAGUGGCGCGUUCUUGCUGUGCGCAAAGUUGAAGGCGAAGGUGCCGUGUAAGCAGAUUUUUAGGGACGUGGUGGAGAAGCGGGAGAUUGGCUCUGCUUGAGAUGUAUGAGAUUUCCUCUGCUUGAGAUGUAUAUAGAAAACAGUAGAAGUAGGGAUUAAAACAGUGAGAAAUAGCAAUAGACAUGAUUUGAACCAAGAUCUGUAAACAUCUGAAGACAUCUGCCGCCGUCGAUGCGGCUCUACU